UUAUUUAUUUUGGGUUAGCUAUGCGAUGCCCACAGGUGGGAGUCGCGGUACGGUUUCGUUAUUUUGUCCCUGCUGUGCUUACCGUAGCCUUAAAACCCAGGAAGACAGCAGCGAGCGAGUGAGUGAGAAAAAGGAGAGAGAGAGAGAGAGAAGAGGAGAGCGAAUACUGCGGCAGAAAAAAAACAACAAAGUUCAAGCCGCCUUCCCACCCCCCCAACGAUAUUUAAUCCAGCAGUACACCCCCCCCCAAUAUAUACAAAUCGACCGAAAUUAUGGGAGGCGAAAGUUAAGAAUUAAAGCUACAGCCGCUCUUGCGCUUUCGCUGAAGCUCGGGAAGCCAGUCGCCCUGACUGGCCCUUUAAGAGGAGAAAUUUGAAAUAUACUGUAUUUUUUUUUUGGUAUUUUUUUGUAUUAUUAUUAUUAUUUAUUUUUCAGUAUUGAAGCGCUGUCAACGGAUUUAUGUGCAAGCCGCUUCAGUAUCGGGGCGUGGGCUGCCUUUACCUUAAUAAGGGUGGACAUAUCAACUGUAAUAUUGUCAGUGAUAUAUUAUUAUUAAUAUAUUUUUGAGCUGUAGCUUGUGUGCGGUGUUGAGUUAUGUUUUUAUAGACCGCCUGUGUUGUUUUGCUGGGGGGGGAGGCGAAUUCAGUUCGAACUGGAUAUAUAAAUAUAUCAAAAAAUAUCUAAUUUUUUUGGGGGGGAGAGAUUGCUCAUACAGUUAUAUAUUAAUAUAAAAUGUCGGAUAACGCUCCUGCAAGAAGCCUGGACGACAUCGAUCUAGCUGCGUUGAGGGACCCUGCUGGUAUAUUUGAGCUGGUGGAGGUGGUUGGCAAUGGAACCUACGGACAGGUGUACAAGGGCAGGCAUGUGAAGACAGGGCAGCUGGCUGCUAUCAAGGUGAUGGAUGUGACGGAGGAGGAGGAGGAGGAGAUCAAGCAGGAGAUCAACAUGCUGAAGAAGUACUCACACCACCGGAACAUCGCCACCUACUACGGAGCCUUCGUCAAGAAGAGCCCCCCCGGCCACGACGACCAGCUCUGGGUACGAGGCUGCGGGGCGCGCUCCCCAGCACUCUCACUCACUCUCACACUCUAGCACUGUCGCACUCUCUCACUCUCAAG